CGCGCGCCCCGCGGCGCGGGAGCGGAGCGCGAUGGGCCCCGGGUGGCGGGCGCCGUCGGCGGCGCUGGUGGGCGGCAGCGUGGCGCUGUUCGGGGGGCUGCGCAGGGCCGCCCUGGCCCUGCCCCGGCCCGCAGCCGUGCGGAGCCGCCCCGGCAGGGUCUGGCGCUGGGGGAACCUCCUCGUCUCCUUCGCGCACUCCGUGCUGGCCGGGCUCUGGGCCCUGUUUAGCCUCUGGCAGUCCCCGGAGCUGCUCUCCGACAUCCAGGACGGCUACAGCGUCUCAGGGCACCUGCUCGUCUGCUUCUCCUCAGGCUACUUCAUCCACGACAGCCUCGACAUCAUCUUCAACCACCAGUCCCGCUCGUCCUGGGAGUACCUGGUGCACCACGCCAUGGCCAUCUCUGCCUUCAUCUCGCUCAUCAUCACGGGCCGCUUCCUGGUGGCGGCGAUGCUGCUGCUGCUGGUGGAGGUGAGCAACAUCUUCCUCACCGCCCGCAUGCUGCUCAAGAUGAGCAACGUGCCUUCGCCGGCGCUCUACCAGGCCAACAAGUACGUCAACCUGGUGAUGUACUUCGCCUUCCGCCUGGCGCCCCAGGCCUACCUCACCUGGUACUUCCUACGCCACGUGGAGGUGCAGGGCCAGGGCGCCUUCCUGACGGCCAACCUGCUGCUGCUCGACGCCAUGAUCCUCAUGUACUUCUCCCGCCUCCUGCGCUCCGACUUCUGCCCUUCCCUGCGCAAGGGGAGGGACGUGGACGGGGAGAAGUUCCUCAUAGACUGAGAACCCCGGGCUCUCUCCGUACCUGCUCUUGAUGUGCCUUAGGGCUCGCUCCCCCGGCCACGGGCCCUGCGUUCACCCGCUCUGCUGCCUGCAAGCCGCUGCUACCCUGCUGGACCAGCCCGACAGCCUCGCCGAGCCGUGGGGAUGCCGCCGAAGCCGGGGGCACAGCCUGGGGAGGAGCAGCCCGAGCUGGCUUCGGCGCCAGCGCGGCCAGGGGCGGCUGCGUGGCGCAGCCGAUGGCCUGAGAGAGGGCUGGGAGGGAAGGGCCGCGGCCCUCCCGCCGUGGUGCUGGGUGCUCUGUGCAUUAAAUCGGUCUGUUCACUGCU